AUGCCUGUCCACAGAACUGAGGAUGGGUUCCCUCCCGGAACAAUCUUGUUAGAAGACCGGAACUCCACUCAAUCGGAGUUGAUUCUGAGCCCAACCCCCACAGAUGACCCAGAUGACCCUCUGAACUGGUCUAAACUUCGGAAAGCAGUCAACUUUGGGCUCACCUGUACAUACGUGCUCUUCACCUUUGUCCUGAUUGAUAUCAACAGUCUCGCAUAUAGUGGUUACAUCAAGGAGCUGGGCCUGACCUACGGAACAUUCAACAUAUCGAGCGGCUGUAACUUUGCAGGCCUUGCAAUUGGAUGUCUCUUGUUGAUUCCUUGUGUGCACAAAUAUGGGCGACGUCCGUUAUAUCUUAUCAGCGCUACCCUACAGCUUGUUUGUGCCAUCUGGUGGGCAAACUUCCAUCGGGCAGGGGAGUUGAUCACCAUCAGUUUUCUGGCAGGUAUAGCAGGCUCAGUCAGUGAGGCAAUUGUGAUAAUCACCGUUGUCGAUUUGUUCUUCGUUCAUCAGCACGCUCGAAUGAACGGAAUAUUCAUUUUCAUGCAAAGCCUUGGCGCUACUGGUGGUCCGGUCAUUGCAGGGUACAUCGUCGUCUCUCUGGGCUGGAGGUGGAUGUGGAAGAUUGUCGCGAUAUUAGUCGGAGUCAACCUUCUUUUCGUACUCUGCUUCUUCGAGGAGUCCAAGUACACCCCUACCCUCGUUGGACACUCGGCUUCCUCAAAGACUACUGAUUUUGUCGAGGACAAGGAAAAGUCCGGCACGACUACAGAGGCACAGCCUGUUUCAUCAAGGGUGACUGUUGACGUCCAACGGAGCCGGAAAUCCAUUCGCCAACGCCUGGCCUUUGUUACAAAGACCGAUAUACCCAUCUUCCAACACUUUUAUCAACCUUUAAUUGUUCUGUUUUCGUUUCCUGCGGUGGCAUUCGCUGCCCUUACCUACGGAUCGAUUCUUUCCUGGUUUUCUGCCAAUGUGUCGGCCGGAUCUUACUUUUUGAUAGCAAACCCAUAUAAUUUCAACGCGGCUCAGAUUGGGUUGUUUCACUUAGGUGGAUUUGCAGGCACUCUUCUAGCCACACUCACAGCACCGCCGUUGAUUGACUGGCUGAUUGUCAGGCUGGCCAAACGGAACGAAGGUAUCUUCGAGCCAGAAAUGCGCCUGUGGAUGAUGUUCCCAGCUGCUGCUAUUAAUUCCGCUGGUUUGAUGCUAUCUGGUAUCGGUCUUGCAAAGGGCUUACAUUGGGCCGUACUAGCCGUUGGAAACGGUAUUUUCGGCUUUGGUUUUAUCAUCACUGCCGACGUUGCUCUCACUUAUCUGACUGAUAGUUAUCCUAAUAUCCUCGGUGAUGCGCUUAUAGCCGUCGUGUUCGUCCGCAAUGGCUUGGCCAUGGUCAUUCGAUUUUCGUUCACUAGCUGGAUCUAUGGCAUGGGUAUUCAGAACACCUUCAUCCUCAUUGGAGUGAUUGCCUUCAUCACUGCAAUUUUACCAGUCUUGUUGAUGAUCUACGGUAAACGGGCUCGCGUGAAGACAGCUUCGAAAUAUAAGGGCUUCGCAUCACGUCAACAGGUUGCAAGGGUCUCAUAA